GUGCUGGAGAUGUCGACCAUCGAUGUAUCGAUAUAAUAUCGAUGUUCCUCCAGCUGUAGCUGUCAUAUUCGAGACCGAUAUUUUUCGCCCAGAAAACUGUUCACUUUUUGCUAAAUCUUAAAAAUAAACCCAAGCAAGAUGAUGAACCUGUCGAGAGCUGUUGUCCGUAGCUUCGCUACCACCGCCGGCCGCCGGUCCGCCGCCGUGCCCAAGGAGCAGAUCGAGAAGGGAUACUUCGAGAUCCGCAAGGUCCAGGACCACUUCCAGAAGAAGGACGGCAAGCCCGUCUUCCUGAAGGGAUCCGCCGUGGACAACGUGCUCUACCGUCUCACCGUGGCCCUCGCCCUCGUCGGAAUCGGCGGCAUGGGCAAGCUCUUCUACGAUCUGAGUGUUCCCAAGAAGGAGUAAAGUCAGAGUCGGAGUCCCGAUACCUAAGCUAAGCCACUUAUCCCCGCGCAAGAUCCGUGAUUCAGUGUAGUCGCCUUAUAUUUCGAUGUUUUGAUUGUAGAUUUGCCCCCAGAUACCUAGUCAACAUGGAACACCCCAACCCACAACCUGGCUUGUUGUUUUGUGUUAGAAUAGCUAAGAUUUGAUGUGUAAACUGAACAUUCGCAAGAGCAUUUAAAGCGUGGAAAUAUAAGAGAACUGGCUGUAAAGUAACGAGA